GUUGAACGUGCAGAGAGAUUGUGAUCUGUCAGUUUGAGUUUGUGCAAAAAAGAGAAAGAUUCGUCAAAAAAAGCGAUUCAUAAUCCUCUAAUCAAGUGGAUAGAUAUCCUCUGUUCGUCAUCCAAGUGAUUUUGGUCGUAAUUGAUAUCGGAAAGUGCACCAGCGCGACGGAAUCCCGCUCAAUUCGGAACAGAUUCCACCGGGAAAAAGUGUUAAUUUUGUGGCAGCAAGAAGUCCUAGUGUUUGUCCAAGAAUCUUCGGGUGAAGGAGAAAGCAAUUUUGUAGGAAAUCAGUGCAGCAGAGUAAGCGGGACGACGGUACACAAGAGAGGUGGAGGAGACGAAACACACAAAAGAGGAGUUGUCCCCGGGACCUGCUGAUCCGUGUUCCGACAACCGUAAACAAUCCCAAAGAAGCACUCGCACGUUCAGAUUUUAGCGAAAAAUGGCCAAGAAAACGUACGACCUGCUGUUUAAGCUGCUGCUGAUUGGCGAUUCCGGCGUCGGGAAGACCUGCAUUCUGUUCCGGUUCUCGGACGACGCCUUCACGUCCACCUUCAUCUCCACCAUCGGCAUCGACUUCAAGAUCAAAACGAUCGAGUUGCGCGGCAAGAAGAUCAAGCUGCAGAUCUGGGACACGGCCGGCCAGGAGCGGUUCCACACCAUUACGACCUCGUACUACCGGGGUGCGAUGGGCAUCAUGCUGGUGUACGACAUAACCAACGAGAAGAGCUUCGACAACAUAGUCAAGUGGUUGCGGAACAUAGACGAGCAUGCCAACGAAGACGUGGAGAAGAUGAUCCUCGGCAACAAGUGUGAUAUGACGGACAAGCGCGUCGUCAGCCAGGAACGGGGCGAGAGUAUCGCCCGCGAGCACGACAUCCGCUUCAUGGAGACGUCCGCGAAGGCGAACGUCAACAUCGAGAAGGCGUUCCGCGAGCUGGCGGAGGCGAUCCUGGACAAGACGGCCGGCAAGGAGACGACGGACAACCCGGACCGGGUCGUGGUGAACCGCGGCAUCGGCGACAAACCGCCCGCCUACAAGGCGUGCUGCUCGUAGAAAAGCGGCCUCCGUCCGCCCACGUACGAGAAGAACCUGCUGCAGAGGGGGAGGCGGCGCUGGUGUUGCUGCUGCUGCUGCUCCUGAAGUUCCGCUGUGUGUUUCUGUACUGUAUGUGGUCAAAUAGUCUUUCUUUUUUUCCUGUGAGAGGGGUUGUGUUGGCAUUACUUGCGUACAACGCUAUGUGUACGUUCGGGUAGUGCGUCAUUUGUGUUUAUUUUUGAAGCAGAUAGAAUAUAACUCUGAUCAUAAUGGGUCAAGUGUACUCAACUAUUGUUCUAAAUCCUGUGGAAAGUCACAUUUUAUUUCAUAUUGAACAGCUGAUUUAGAAAUUAUUCCGCUCACGAAACAUGCGCUUAAAAAAGGAUUCUUUCUGCACAAAUUUCACGGCACAUGCAGUUUCCAAACUUCAAGUUGGAAAAAACUAGAAUCAGACAUCAGAUUACUGGAAGUGUUACACAAAUUUGAGAUAUUUCACGCCACGUUUACUCUCGGUCUUUGGCUGCAUCUGUACUUGUUUUCGACCGUGAUCGUUCUUCAAACCCAGGAAGAAUUGGCUCCACUGUAGUCUGUCCUCUCGCUGAUAGUCGAUCUCCGAUGCAUCUACGAAAUUCUUCCGAAAGUGGUCCUCCAGCGCUUGCCACCUCAAUUUUACCGUCUUCCUAACCUUGACGAUCCCGAGACAGCUGCAACUUGACUUUGCAGUCCCCCUUCAAGAACUUCUCGCAACCCUCAUUUCCGGCACAUCCGCCGUGAAACCUGCAGCUCUCGCUGGUCAGCGGCAGGAUUUUUACAUCGGCGAUCGCCCCCCUAACUUUUUCCAUUGGUCACUUCCUGAUACAAAAACGUUUUAAACUAGUCUUUUCACGAGAUUUCCGGCACCUCUUCGCCACGUUGGUGGUGAAAAUUUUCCACUCGCGAAAGCGUCAAAAUGGCGUUCUUGCGCAGCUCGCCCUCAAACUUUCACUCAAAACUAAAGUUACCGGUUGAAAGGGUUUAAAGUAUCCUUUUAAAUGGUAACCGAGCUUUACCCUUUGCAAAAGGGUACAGAUUACCCUUUUCAAAGGGUGAAAACCACCCUUUGAAAUCACUUCGCUGGCUUUACCCUUUCAAAAGGGUACUUUCUUUACUGCAAGCGAUGACUGCGCCGCCCUGCGUUUAAAAAUCAGAACUAGCUUUUGUUUUGAACUUGUCAGAUCUUGUUCGUGUCAUCGCGUGUAAACUUUUUCAGUUUGCCGGAACUGUUCCGGACUAAGUUCGCCAGAACCAGAACCAAACUCAUCAACGACGAGCAAAACGCUGACAGCAUCACGUCGGAGUUUAUUGAGCCGAAUGCUUCCAUCCCGCUGGACCGGCUGUUUCCGACGGUUUCUUCGUCCAUCAUCUUCGACCCGGACGAACAACUCUCGAAAUGCACAACCAACUAGUUCAAGCAGUGCUCUAUCCGGCAGAGCAGCCUACCCUGGACUAGAAUGUUCCCGGCGCUGCGAAACACCUCCAGCUUGAAUCCCGCCAUCUGCUUUGCCGCAUUCGUCAGCAGAUUGGCACCAUCCGCAACGGCAGUUCUAAGGAACAGCAACAGUUAAGUCUUCGUCGAUGGAUGCUGCCUAAAGCGGACUAACAAUAAAACCCACACUACGGGGGAGACUCUCCGGUGGAACGACCUAAGGAUCAUCCAGCGCUGGACAUGGUACCGGGAAAGGACUGCAAUGUAAGUUCUACAAUAUCAAUAUUUUUAAAAACUUUAAUUUUCUGUUUAUUUUCUUUCCAAAAAAGCGCGCACAAAUGACAACCCGGAGCAGACAAGCGAACCUGUCCCAGGUGCAUCUCGGAGCAGAACUACAAAGCAGCACGGAAAUCAUUCUGGCAUGGACGUUUCGUUACCGGAUAGCUGUCGGUGGUCAGAAACCUAUUCCUGCUGAUGAACAUCUAGAGUGGCUCGUGAUAGUUUUGUAAAAAAUUUCGAAAUAAAUUAUAAUUGAAACUAUUUUUGAGACGAAACUUCUGCUUAAAUCAGUAUAAAAGAAUAACCAAGAGAUGGCGCUACUGUAUCAAACAUUUUUUAUGACCCAUAGAUGUCGCUAGUGAGCGCGCCGCUCCAAGACCAGUAUCCUUUUAAAGGGUAUUGAGCCAGUACCCUUUUGAAGGGUUUCGCCCUCGUACCCUUUCAAAAGGGUGACGACGGGUAAAGUUGAAAAAAGGAUAGAAAGUACCCUUUUAAGGGUUAUUCUGAUUUUGUGUGUUGACAUCCCAGCAGCACGCAGCCAGACGGGGGGUGUUCACGCAUUACGAUGCUCGAAUUUGUUUGACACUUGACAGCCAAUUUGAAUCGCACUCAAAAUUGGGUAGCACGCAGAAUGAAGGUUCAACUUUGUGGCUAAAAUGUUUCUUUUUAAGAUUUUCAGUUUUUUUUAGAUUUUCUGUUGUCAAAUCAUUUCUAACACAAAAAAAAUUGGUUUGAACGGAAAAAUAUGUUUGCGGUGAAACUUUUUCGCAUUCAUCUGCAAGUGGAGAAACGUUUUGUUUGUCGGAGAUGAACAGCAAACCUAACCUAACCUAACGAAGAAUGUCCCUUAAAAGAACUUAUCAAGCAUAAGUUUAGGAAACGAACCCGCUUCUCAUUGUUGUCCGUGUAUAAUAGAAAUAUUCGUGUUUUUGUGCGAAGAACCAACAAUCGUGUUAGAAAAGAAGAAGGAAAAUCAACAAACAACCAAAAUCAGUAUAUUUUUGUCCGCACUUUUUCCAGAACCCUGCUGUCAAACUGGACAACUCUCUACACCCACACUACUCUUUCACUCUAACUAAUACUUGUGAUAAGGAAACACAAAUUUACCAGCAACCGACUUACACACACUCGCUAACGGAAAUUAGAGCAAGUUGAUUUCGUUUAGAAAAGAAAAAUACCAAAAUUACGUUUUUAAAUGAGUUGAGAGAAGGGGGAAAAUUGUGUUUGAAAAUAAGUAGCGCAAUGGUUUGAGCAAAAUAACGCUUCGAACAAACACUUACUCAAACAAUGCAAAAUCACACACAUAACACACACAAUCACACAAUCACGCUCUAAUAAAGAAAAAAACAAAAAUCAUGAUUAGGUGUAUUUAUGAAAUUAAACUAAAUAAAACAACAAUUCUUUCGCUUGAAUUAAGAUAAACAAAAAGAAUCGAACCACCUCACGAAAGAAAAAAACAAAAACAACAACAAGAACUAACCAGUAAAGAGAUUUCAUCAAAAUGAAGCACUCACACAAGCCGGACGAAAUAACUUAUUCAUUUUUACAUUCACAGAAGAAAUUUGAAGAAAAAAAAAUCCCAUCAAAACUUUCAUUAGCAAUCGUGGUAGUAAUGAUUCAUCUUAAUGCAACAGCAAACAAAAGGUAAACAAAGCAAACGUAAACAACAAUGGCAUGUAUAAAUUGAAGCUUACCGUGCGAAAAGAAGUAAGAGAGAAAAGAGAGAAAGAUGAAUCAGCAAAAGAUGGAGAGGAAGUUAAAAAAAAGUUGCAUGAUUAAUGCGGUAUUUUUAGACGCUAGUAGCUGUUUUAGUCAAACACACAAUUGGAGUUAAAAAAAAAUGAAACUUAUAUAUCAAAUUUGCGUGGCAAAAUUACGUAGAAAAGAGAACAUUAAUGGAGCGAAAAAGCCGAAAGGAGAAUACAAAGUGGAACGUUAUGUUACGGAACCUUAUUAUUUUUAUACAUGUAUAUGAUAAAUAGCUUUUCUUUUUUGAAAUGACGCUAGUUAUGUUUAUAAUCAUAGUGACAAAGGUAUGCUUUUUUAAUUAUAAACUAUAUGAAAAAAAUAAAGCAUGGAAAAAAGUCAACAAAAAAUAAAGCGAUCGAUUCACGGAAAGAGAGAGGCAUUGGGAAAAACAUCCUCGAACGUUGCGACGUAGAACGUGUUAGGGCAACGAGCACAGAAAGUAUUUCAAUUGUUUAUGUUUGUUUUUUUAAGAGAAAAGAAGAAAAAACGCAAAUUAGUUAGAACCCUAUCGCACGCUCAUGUCUCUACUCUUUCGCAUGAAAAGAAGAAGAAAAAGAAAAAGGAAGGAUGUCAGAAAUUGUUGAGGAAUAAAAGCGACUAUUGAAUCGACUUGACGAACUAAGCAAAA